AAAAAUGGGUGCACCAAAAGUUACCUAAAUUAUCUUCAACCACCAAUUGCUCCACCAAACCACGUCCGAAUUAGAUGAGAAAUUAUGGCUCCUCACCUAAGCCCGCGCGAAAUCGCGGCCAUCGACGCUAUCGUCGCACAACCUUAUCACCCCGAUUUGCACGAGAUCGCAACCCGAUUCAACACUACUUACGAAACCAUACGAUAUCGGAGGUAUUAGAUACGGGUUCGGAAAGCUCUUGGCUGGGAUCCCCGGAAAAAACCAGGCCGUCGAUCGAUAAUUACACCAGAAAUGGAAGAAGCGGAAUUCGGCAUUAAACCUCACCAAACGACGAUCUCGCGUCUUUUGAAGAGAUUGGAGAUUACACAUAAGAAAAUCAAGGCGGUGGCGGCGGAGCAAAACCAGGAGCUUCUUGAGCAGUGGUAUGACGAUUCUCGAUUUUGGAGAGCAGAUCAGAUCAUUGCCGUGGACGAAUCAGCUUUUAAUGAGCAUACGGGGCAUAGGAAAUAUGGAUGGGCACCUCAGGGCUUACCUGCGGAGAUGAAGAUACUCUUGAAGCGAUCUCCUAAGUAGUCCCUUUUGCCGGCAUAUACGAUUAAUGGGCACCUUGAUCCUUUGGUUUAUCAAGGCAAUAUCACAGCCGAGAUUUUUGAAGAUUGGAUGGAAAAUAGGGUGCUCCCGCAGUAUAAUCCAUGGCCGGGCAAAAAUUCGAUUAUUAUAAUAGACAACUAUAGUAUACACCGGAGUCAGAGGGUGCUUGAUAUGUGCCGGGUACGGGGUUUACCUCCUUAUUGCCCAAUUUUGAACCCAAUCGAGGAGAGCUUUCACGAUAUUAAGUCUGAUAUGCGGAAGAACUAUAGGAAAGUC